UGGCGAACUACAACAAGGAAACAACGCGUUAACUCAGGGUAUCAUCCUGUUUGGACCUAACAGUUUUGAGGAAGUAUAGCUAAACACAAAGAAACACAUCCAGCCGCUUUGGAUUCAACUUAUAUCGUGCUGAGAAUGAAGAGGGAAGUGAGAGCUGGGGUGAACUUUCUGAAAGGUUUGGCAGUGCAGCGAGGAGGUGUGGAUCAAAUUAAAGCCAAACUUUUUGCUUCUAAAUUGCAAGAGCUUCUGCUGGAAAAGUUCACAGGCCACUGGUAUCCAGACAACCCCAGCAAAGGGCAGGCAUACAGAUGCAUCAGAAUAAAUGCUAGCCAUCCCUGUGAUGAAUCCGUAUCAAAAGCCUGCAUGGAGAGCGGCUUAAAGCCAAAUGAGUUGGGCUUACCUCGUGAAAUCACAAUGUGGAUCGACCCCAUGGAGGUCUGUGUUCGGUCUGGAGAGAACGGCAGAUAUUUCACAGUGGCUCAUUUUGAUAAAGUGGAGGAUGAAGAAAAGGACUCGAAUAAUAAUGACACUCUUAGCCAAGUGGAUUCUGUGAGUCUGGAUACAUCCGACUAUCACUCGGCGAGCUCAUCUGACUGCGGCUCAGCGGUCUCAAGUGAUACAGAAGAGGAGGUGAAAGAGGACAAAUUGAGAAAAGUGCCUGAGAGGACAGCGGAGAGAACACUUCUUACAGCAAAAUCAAAAACAAGGGAGCCAAAAGGAAGACGCAAGUUUCCUCCAUCUCAGAUCCCUGGCCCACAGUACUUCUAUAACCCUGCACCGAUGUGGCCCCACUACAAGAAAAAGAGAGGCAUGUUCUUCACCACCGUCUGUGCACCGGCACCUUCUCCACUGUUUGCAUACUAUGUUGUGCCCAAAACAGCUCCUCAGUUCAUUGUGCCUCACGCUGCCCUGCAAACCUGGGGGACGGUGAAAGGGUAAAAAGCUCUAAAGCAAUUAACACAUACACCUAGUAUGUCGGCGUUUCUGAAUAAUGUGAGACCUAUCUGCCACUGCAGGGAACUUUAUAGCUUAUCAUAAUGAACUUGAGAUAUAUGUCAAGCAUACCAACUGUGUAACAUUUAUAUAUAUUUUAAUACGCCUUUUGCUUUUAACGUAUUCGAUCAUUAUUUAGGCUUUCUUUAGUCAAGCGACGUAGUCAAUCUGCUCAUGCACAAAACACUCGGUUAUUUAAUCUUUGGCCAAAGUUAGAUCGCUGCAUACUUGAAUUUUUUACUUUUAUUUAUUUUUUGGAAAUUGCAGCUUUUACACCUGCUUGUGAAGAUGCUUUACUAACAUUUUAUUCAUAUGACCUUUGAGAGUUUUCAUGCAAUAGAAUAGAAUGUAAAAACACAUUUUUUCAAAUAUUACCAGCUGUACCUCAGCAAACACCAAGCAUUUUCUAAUAUUUCUAUACAUAAAUCAACUCGCACUGAAGCCAAAGAUGUUUGGGAGAGGUUUGGAAUUAAUUGCUGCCUGUAGAUUCAAUUCCUGACUAUGUGAAAUAUAAUUCACCCUUUCAUUUUAAGGAUAAUCGUAUCUGCUCAAUAUUUAGAGGGGACUGCAUUAAUAAUAACAUGCCUUUUAAAAACUAUUUAUGCUAUUCUAUGCACAUAUUUGCCUUUUUUAAUGUAAUGGUUGUUUUAUUGUAAUUUAUUUAAAUACCACUAGGUGGUAGCACACAUUGCCAAAAGCCAUAUUUAUACAUUUCAUCAUCUUUCAUGUUUUGAUUGUACAUAAUAUUUUUUUUUCUGACCUUGCUGGUGUCAGUUUUCUGAAAACUGCAUGUAACAGUUUAUAGCAGGGAUGCCCAAACUUUUUCAUAUGAAGGUCCAAAAAACAAAUAUCCCUGAAGAUAAAUAUACCAAACUAUUUUACAUUAAAGUUGCUAUGGGUAAUUUCAUAAUUAAUUUCAUAAUAUUGAAAAAUAAAUAGAAAUCUUUACUUUAAAUUGUAUUAGCUAAUGCAGUAUAACUUUAAUUAUAACUUAUUGCAAUAAAAUCAUGAACAUUUACAUUUUUAACACAAUGGAGUUCAACGCUGAAGACACCAGGCAAGCAGAAUCUGCCUUUGCCUCUAUCUGUCAGGUGACAGUGUAG